AUGUCUAGCAUUAGCUAUUUAUCCAAUUUGAAUACUUUGUCUCAGGUGGCAGCCACCAUUCAAACAGAAAUGGGCAGUGACAACGAGAGCGAGGAUAUUUUUGCGGCCACAUCUCAAGAUAUUAAAAAUACAUCAUAUUUAAGCAGUCCAAUUUCAUCACCUUUGGAGAGUGAAGAAUGUUUUGGUGAGAAGAAUGUAAGAUUCAUUAAUUCGGGUGAAAGCCUUGAAUUGGUCAAUAGUCUCUUGUGUUUGAAACGCAGAAGAUACAGUUAUGGCCCUGGUGAGACCUACAAAAAUGUGUCAGUUCCUCGUUCAUUACAAGAAGAUAAAUGUUUAAUUAAAGGAUCCAAACUACAGAAUAACACGAAUUUGAAGAAACAGAAAUUUCGUAACUUCCAGAUCAAAAAGAGACAAGGUCAGGGUAGACCCUACACUAAUACUCUUAAAGCUAGAUUUUACAUACAUGACUCCAUUGAGGAGUUAUACUGUUACCUAAACAACAUUCCGUCAUUCAGAUUCCACGAGUCUUCUUCAUCCAAACAGAAAGUUUAUCACUCUACAAAAAGUUCGCCAAGACACCCUCAUUUCAAAACGAUAUGUUUCAAUAAUUUACCUCCCACUACAGAUCUCUUUGACAAACUAUGCGAGGCAUUCAAAAUUGAAGAAUUUAAAUUUGUUAGGAUCAACAGAAACGUUGACGGUAAGAUAAUCAACGUUGAAACUGUUCGUAAAACAGAUAGUACAAUUACCGCGGAAUGGAUAAAGCAGAACGUGUGCCGUCCAAGAUACAAAUCAAACAUGAAAAUUUCGUUGAUUAGAUCUAAUCAACCCAUGAAAGAAUGCAUCUACAAAGAUAAGAACGCAUUUGAGCUCGAUAUAGAGAACGUGUAUAAUAGUGUGGUAAAGAUUGUAGACUAG